GGCGUUGUGAUUCUCCGAGAGACGAGCCCUUCGACUCUCUCAUUCAUCGGUGAGAAACCAACUCUGUACCCCCAUAGUGACUUCACACAGCGGGUAUUCCACGAUCAGCUGUUUCUCCGUUCAUCGGUGGGGUUCAGGGAGUGGAAUAUAUUCUUCUGAGAGGCUCCACAGGUCAUAAUCAUGGAAGUACUGAGACCGCUGGCGAGCCUCGUACUACCCGGCAAAUGUUUCGAUUCGAUCUUGCUUGAUUGGAACUUCGGAGACGCGGCCUGUCUGAAGCUCGCCCUCUCCAAAUGCCUCGGAUAUGGUAUGAUCUUGGGAGGGUCUCUCGUAAAACUGCCCCAAAUCCUGAAAAUAUUGAACGCCAAAUCCGCCACCGGUCUUUCGGUCGCUGCGGUGAUUUCCGACCUAGCCGGCGUUACGGCAACAACCGCCUACAGUUUCGCUCAGAAAUUCCCCUUCAGCGCCUACGGUGAAGGUGCGUUUCUCAUGCUGGAGACAGCACUCAUCCUCCUGCUCGCUCUGCAUUAUCAGGGACGAACGCUGAUGGCCGCAGUGUUCGCGUUAAUAUACUUUACUGCCUGUUUCAUCAGUUUCUCAGAUACGCUCCCCAUGGGAAUUCUGUGGUGGGGGCAGGUUCUGGCGGCUCCGACCGUCAUAUCGGGAAAGCUCUGGCAGGCUCGCGAAAACUUCUAUGCCGGUCACACCGGUCAACUUUCGAUGAUCACCAUGUCUUUGCUGCUCUUGGGGUGUCUAGCAAGGAUCUUCACUUCAAUAACUGAGACGAACGAUCAGAUCAUGAUUCUUUCCUACGGUUUCGCAGCCUUGGCGAACGCGUUGCUCGUGAUUCAAAUCCUAAUUUACUGGGAAGCGACCGAUAAGAUCACCAAGACGACUUCGAGUAAAAAGAAAGAGUAAACAUUUAGGGCGUCUCGUGAAGAUUUCCUACGCACGAGACUUCGAAUCAGAGGAUGGCGUUUGAAUUUAGAGUCACUGAAAACUAUUCCGAUCGGAAGACUACGAGUGGAAAGUCUCAGGUGUCGAUGACUCAGUCAGUAAGAUUUCAACUCAACGCACCGCUCGACGAUUCGAGGAGAUACAAUCGAGAGUCUAACUGGGAGCUCGAACGUAGCUUGAAAUCGAUGUGGAAACCCUGUAUAAUAGCCAUGAGUAUUCGGAUCUUCUCUCGGGAUCCUCAUGAUAGUCAAAAUCGUCGGCUCGGCCUGGGACACGACCAUUCAAUUUCGGUGAGAGGAAUUAGUUUUUGUUUUGGAAGAGAUUAUUAUAUGAAUUAGAGAGCAGCGAUGUCUGCGCUAUAGCUUUGUCCCACCUAGAGCAAGACACCCUUCAGGAAACCUGCUGCGCAGGACUCUGAAAAGUUGUUUGAAUUAUUUGAUGUUGUUGGACCCUCUUCGAGAGUCAGGAGUAAAUAAAUGGAUGGUA